UUUACGUUGCCGAAAUGGUUAAAUAAAUUCCAUACCAAACACAUACCCCUGUAGUCCACACGACUAUUUUACCGAACUCAAAACACCUUUAAAAACUCUGUUCGUGAUUAUGUUGUGUAUACAUCACAACAGAAAUGAAGAGGGGCACAGGCUAUCAGAGCAGAUGGCCUUCAGUUGUCUCCUAUUUCUUCAAAUUCACUCUAUUGUUAUGGCUUCUAUUUGUAAUAUUAGCCAUCACAAGAGGAGCAAGAACAGACCUGUGGCCAAUUAUCGCGGGAUGCUUGUUUUAUGAAGCAGCAAAUUGCAUAGUCAAAUUUUGUGUAUCAAAGGAUCCUCUCUUCAUCAACACAGCAGUUUCUCUCUUGCAUUCCUGCAUUACUUCUGCUUCAGUGAUACUGGUGCUAUUAUGUGUGUGGAUGAAUAAGGGUGCAAGAAAGAUGUUUGAUCAUGAGGAGUUGUUUAAUGGUGUAUGGCUGGGCGCGUUCAAGUCCUUAUGCUUCUCUUGUGGAUAUUUUGCUUAUGACCAAUGGGACAUGCUAGGGAAUCAUUUGUAUAAUCCCUGGGCGCCUUCUAUAUUAGCUCACCAUGUCCUCCUUUUGAUCUGUUUUACCCUUGCACUGUACCGGCAUGUCACAAUAAACUACCUGAUCCUUACUCUUGUUUGUGAGUUGCAUUCAAUAUUUUUACAUCUACGAAGAGUUCUCCGUAUGGCAGGAUUGAGAAAAGAGAAAAGCCAAAGAACAAGAAUAGAAUGGGGGCUCCACUGGUUAGCUUUCUUCUCAGCCAGAACCUUUCUGCACUGGUUUAUUACUUAUAAGCUUAUUAAAGAUCGUUCAAAAUUUCCUCCUGGAAUAGAACUGCCCCUUGCAUUUUUGGGUAUGGUUGGAAUGAACAUACUCAACAUUUUUCUUGGACUUGACCUUGUGAAAGCAUGCCGAAAGGAACUUUUCAGACCUUCAUGAUAAUGUUGUACCUACAACUUAUGCCCCAGUUGGAGCAUAUGAGAAAUAUUAUUAUUAAUUUUUCCCUCUUGAAAUUGUACUCUUGUACAUUCGACUCCUAAAGGUUUUUAUUUCCUUAAGCUAAAUGUUAUGAUUUUUAGGACAGUUGCAACUAUUUUGCAGUAGUAAAUCCUAACACUAUUGUUCGCAACUGUAUGUACAAAUGAAAUGGGACAGAAGGUGGAAACGUAGACAUUUGAUUGAAAUUGUCCAUGUAUUGACAACCUCAAAUUGAUGAAAUUUUGUGAGGUUGGCGAGAAAUAAGCUAUUUGAAGAUGAUAUUACCACGUGUGAAGAAAAUCUGCUAUGUGAAAUUGAUGAAACUUUGUGCAUUA